AAAUGAAACGCGCAUUAAGAAGCAAGAACCUCCAAAGUUGGCAGCUUGGUGUCCGAUUCUGCGUUGGAAGAAAAGAUACAACAUCAUCAAGACAAUACCAUGGCCGACAAAGAAGAUGCAGACUCCAUCAUCAUGCGAAUGAGGAACUUGGGUGCCAGAAACAUACGCUUCGAGAUCUCCGACCUCUUCGACCGGUCCCAAUCGACAGUUGUCCCCCAGAAUAAAUACCACGAGUUGGCCACAGAAGGGCUGGAGUUUCCACUCCCGGGAAUCUUCCACGACACCGACAGCACCUACAAGAGUGUCUACCACGACAAGAUUGGCGUCCUCAAGCCUGAUUUUGACAGCACCCUCUUCAGGCUUCCUCUCAGUGAUGGGUUGGCCUUGACCCUAGCUGAGCCUCAUCUUGAUGGCAGUCCCCUGCCCACCUACCCUCGCCACAUCGCACGCAAGCAGCUGGAUCGCUUGGGAGAGCUGGGCUUCACUCUCAAGUCGGCCUUCCAUCUCGAGUUCUACCUGGUGGCGCCAGGAGACAGCAUCUCUGCUGAGCUUCUCGCCAGUUUCCUCAACACCCUGCAAGGUAUCGGGAUGGAGCCGUUGUUCCUCAAAACCGGCAAGCUCCCCAACUACAUCGAUGGUACGUACAAGGAGGAGCCAGGAAUCAAGGGAGCCGACUUCGCUCACCUCUUCAAGACCUUCAUGAAGGAGGCAACCGUCGGCCGAGGCGCCGACGUCAGCUUUUUCUCCAAGUAUCUUCGCGAUCCCCAGUUCCAGAAGAACUGCUUCCUGUAUUUCCGCCACUCCCUCUGGGAUGCCGAGGGUAAGAAAGACCUGACGCACGACCCGGAGAGCCCCCUCGGCCUGACCGAGACGGCUCAGCACUGGCUGGCCGGGAUCCUGGAGCACAUGCCGGCCAUCACUCGCUUCAUGUUCCCCACCGACUUCUGCUGGAAGCACCGCUCGACCAAGACCGAGACCGUGAACGACAAGUGGGAGAAAGACGGCUCCGGGUCCUCGAUGCGUCUUCACGCGGGCGGCGAGGGCAAGACCUUCGUGGAGACCCGCCAGGGUACAGGCCGAUGCAACCCGUAUCUCCUGAUGGCGGCGGUGGUGGCGGCCGGAAUCGACGGCAUCGAAAAGAAGCUGCCUCUGCCAGAGGCUGGUGCCGAAAGCGGGAAAGAGGUGCCGACGUUUCACAGAAAGGCGAGCGAGGCCUUCGAGGCAGAUGAGGUCCUGAUUAAUGCCCUGGGGGCAGGGGAAGAUUUCAUCAAGCUUUUCAAGGCCAAAUACGAGGGCAUUGACGAAUAAAUGUAUGAAACACACCUGUUAAUGGCAAGUAUAAAACGUGUAGAACAAAAUCGAAUUAUGUCUGAGCUAUAUAGAAGCCUAAAGCCAAACAAGAGAAAUGGAUGCACGAUACGAUACUUACAAGGAUAUUCUUAUAGUUUCAAGGAAAUCGUGAGGAAGCAAAAAAAUGAGCUGAUGCAUUAAGAGCAUACCAACAACUUAAGAGAAUACUAAAAGAGUAUAUUAAAAUAAUAAUAAUAUCGUCUAUAACAAUGAGCCGAUUUAUUUUAUACAGGGUGAGUCAAAAAGAAAGUGACCUAAUGAGAAAAAUAUUAACAAACAUAAUUGGCUCGUUAUAAACAUAACAUAGGGAUAAAGUAGUGAUAUGGAAUAGUAACUGUGAAAAUUUCAAGUAAAUUGCCUACUAUGUUCACAACUUAUGUCCGAUACAAACAUCGCAAAAUUCAUCACAAAAUUCCUCAUUUACCGUUGAAAUACAAUGAAACAAGGGCGUUUUCCUGCCUUAUGAACAACAAUUUGCGCAGGAAAACAGACAAAAAAAUCACCAUCAUUUAUUUCAGAAAAAAAUAUUACAUCCAAAACACAAAAUCUAACUGUAAAAAUGAUGUUUCAGUCUCGACAAAAGUUAUACAAAUCUCAUUUGUAUCUGAAUGCCUGGGUUUUAAUCUUUUGGUUCUCACUCAGCUCAAUAUAGCUUCAAACUUCAAAAUUAAAAACUUCUCAUAGCGUGGAUCAGUUUCAGUAAUUCUUCUCUUUUUUAUUCAAGUGAGUGGAAGAACAUACUUGUUUAAUAUAUACUUCGUUGGUGCGUCAAAUUUAGUUAAUCAAGGUCACUUUCUUUUGACUCACCCAGUAAUGUUAAAAACAAACUAAAAGAAGGCAAUGACUAGAAUAUCUGCACUUAUGAACCGUCGGAAAGAAAUUUGCACUUGCGUUUGGAAUUUGCAUGCAAAAUAAUCCAUCUUUUUAUGGAGUGUUCCCAAAUAGGCCGACAUCGCCGAGCAAGCAUCACAGAAUACACGAGAUUUAUUCCUCUUGCACACCAAAAAAAAAAUAUGUUUUCAUGGCACUGGCGACACAGCGUAAACAAAAUCAUAAACUCACGGAGACAAUAGGCCUACGCAUACACUAGUUUUUUAGUUUUAGAGACAUGUGCGCCAGCGCGACGAGAAUCGGAAAUGCAUUUUUGAUGCGGUCUCCAAGUCGUGUUGCUUGUGCAAAAAAUUCACCUCGAAUGCCACAAACACAGUCCGGAACUAUACUUAUCCAACCACUUUUAAAUUCUUUACUGAAUUAUUUGUACUUGCUGAAAAGAAAAUGGUUUGGUUUUGGGUAUGAAACUAAGUAACGUAAUUAUCAACAUCAUAAGUCCAUACCCCAUAGUGCAAAGGUGAGUAGUAAGCAUUUAGAAUAGAAGCAUAAACCACUGUAUAAUAUCGUUGUAACAGUUAUGGCCGUGACAACAAACUUACCAAUAGUUCAUCCUCCUCAUUUCGUCUGUAACUUUUGUAAGACACCAACAGCAAACAAAUAUCCAUUCGUGUUUGUUUCCCAACUCCGAAACCUUCCAGAAAUCAACCACUGCACAUGCCACAAUCCACUUCUUGUGGUUGAAUUCCAUGAAAUCACGGUCUGCAGACGAUAAACUCGGACACAUCAAAAAGUUGCGUUCGGCCAUUUUGGAAUUCGUGUCAAAAUUUAUUACCACGUUCAUGUAUGACCUUUCUAAACGUAUAAUUUUGAAAAGUUAUGUCUAGCUACGUGUACCUUGUAUUUAAUUCAUUAUAUAGAAUGCUUAUAUUAAUAACAAUGUAAGUACAAUAUCUUGUUUUGUCGAGAACUUUACGAUUUAAUAGAUUUUCCUAUAAUGUUACAGAGACAUGUCAGACUAAGGUAAAAAGUAAAAUAAUUUGCAUAUGAAAGGAGCAGCUCACAACACACCUGUUCGCGCAGUGACUUAAAGGGCACUGUGGCGCAAUAAGGGGAGCUGACCAUUAUCAUUUCGUUUAAGCAACAAAUAGUUGACGUUAUUCAUGAUUUUAGAAGCUACUCGAACGUAAUUCGCAAAAGACGUACGAUCAACGUUAUUUGUUGCAUCUUCAAUUAUAAGAAUAUAUCACUACCGAGGACUAAAAUCAUUUUGAGUUUACAUUACACAAUUGUCUUUAAAUAAAAGGGAAUGAAAGUAAAAUGA